ACACAAACAAACACUGAAAGAGUCAUACAUUUGAAUAACGUUUGAAUUGUAGUCACAUUUUGGUCACUAAUUGUCACCAAAAGCAGGUGUUGUGUGAAUCGGUGGCAAUGAACCCGAGCCUCACGAAUGUGGCCCAUCCCGGGGCUCUCGUCAGCAAAAAGAAAAAGGCUUUCAUAGGACUACCGGCGCCGUUGGGUUAUGUGGCCGGAGCCGGAAGGGGCGCGACCGGAUUCACGACCAGAAGCGAUAUCGGUCCGGCCAGGGAUGCCAGUGAUGUCCCGGAUGACAGACACGCGCCGCCCAAACCGAAGAUCGUUCGCAAGAGUGGAGACAAAAAGGGCGACGAAGAAGAGGAAGACGAGGAAGACUUGAAUGACGCGAAUUACGAUGAGUUCAACGGUUACGGCGGAAGUCUUUUCAGUAAAGAUCCGUACGAUAAGGACGACGAAGAAGCGGAUCAGAUAUACGAAUCAAUUGAUAAACGUAUGGAUGAAAAGCGCAAAGAAUAUCGAGAAAACAAAUUGAGGCGAGAAUUAGAGCGCUAUCGACAGGAAAGACCGAAAAUACAGCAACAGUUCUCUGACCUGAAGAGAGACUUGAAUGCCGUCACAGAAGACGAGUGGCGAACCAUUCCAGAGGUCGGCGACGCCAGGAAUAAGAAGAUGAGAAAUCCUCGCGCAGAGAAAUUCACUCCCGUUCCCGACUCUAUACUCGCGCACAACUCGUCCAUCGGUUCCGGAGAGACUGUGGUCUCCAUUGACCCGCGAACAGGGCUUAAGACACCGAUGACUGCGGGCACGUCGACGGGUUUGAUGACUCCGGGAGGGUUUGUCACUCCAGGGAAUCUGGAUUUGCGUAAAAUAGGUCAGGCGAGGAACACUCUCAUGGAUCUGAAGCUCAAUCAGGCAUCAGAUUCGGUCACCGGUCAGACGGUCGUCGACCCGAAGGGAUACUUAACUGAUUUACAGUCAAUGAUUCCAAGCCAUGGCGCAGAUAUC